GUCUGGCUGGUACUCCUAUGACCACCAACUAUCAAGGAAUCAAGAACCAAGCCAAGUACUAGUAUCGGCCCUUCGUCAAACAUGAAGCUGCUGCUGCUGUCCCUGGUCUCGUCGCUCGCCGCGGCAAGCCCACUCCAAGCCAACUCCCUCGAGGCACGGCAACAGGCCACGCUCUGCGACCAGUACGGCUACUGGUCCGGCAACGGAUACGAAGUCAACAACAACAACUGGGGCCGGUCUGCAGCGAGCUCCGGGUCGCAGUGCACCUAUGUCGACGGAAGCUCCUCCAAUGGCAUUCAGUGGCGCACGACAUGGACGUGGCAGGGGGGCGAGAACAACGUCAAGAGCUACGCCAACGCGGGCAGACAAGUCACCCGCGGCCGCAAGAUCAGUUCCAUCGGCAGCAUGCAGACGUCGGUCUCGUGGUCGUACAGCAACACCAACAUCCGUGCGAACGUUGCCUACGAUGUCUUCACCGCCGCAGAUCCCAACCACGUGAACAGCAGUGGUGACUACGAGCUCAUGAUCUGGCUUGCCAGAUACGGCAACGUGUACCCCAUCGGCUCGUCCGUGGGCACCGUCAACGUUGCGGGCCGCACCUGGGAGCUGUGGGUGGGCUAUAACGGGUCGAUGAAGGUGUUCAGCUUUAUCGCGCCGAGCCCCGUCAACAGCUUCAGCGCCAAUGUCAAGGACUUCUUCAACUACCUGCAGAACAACCAGGGAUAUCCGGCAAAUGACCAGCAUCUGAUCGUCUUCCAACUGGGUACGGAGCCGUUCACCGGCGGACCGGCCACCCUGACGGUUUCGCAGUUCUCGGCGAACAUCAACUGAAUUUUUCGAGAUUACUGAACGGCAUGUGUGGGAUGGGAGGUUUCUGGGAGGUUCUUCAUUCUCUCCCCCCUCUCUGUCGUAACUACUACCUGCUUCUGGGAC